ACAUCCGGGGAUUCGUUGAAAAAGAGAAAGGAAAAUGGCUGCUUCGAACGAAUCGGGAACGGGUGACUCGGCAAACUCGGCAGGCAAAGAGCCUGAUGAUCGACUGAAGAAGCUAUACCCGGCCGUGAACGAAGAAGAAACCCCUUUGCCUCGGUCUUGGAGCGCUAAAGACAAAUUUAAUUACCUUGGACUCUCUCAAAACAACCUCCGAGUUCACUACAAAGGAGUUGGGAAAACUCACAAAGAUGCUGCAAGUGUACGGGCCACCCAUCCCAUACCUACAGCGUGUGGAAUUUAUUAUUUUGAGGUGAAAAUAAUCAGCAAAGGAAGAGAUGGAUACAUGGGCAUUGGUUUGGCAGCACAGGGAGUUAACCAGAACAGAUUACCAGGUUGGGAUAAACAAUCUUAUGGUUACCAUGGUGAUGAUGGCAACUCUUUCUGUUCGUCUGGUCAGGGUGAGCCAUAUGGUCCGACAUUCUCUACAGGGGAUGUGAUUGGUUGCUGUGUAAAUCUCAUUGAUAAUACCUGCUUCUACACCAAAAAUGGUGUUCACCUUGGAAUAGCAUUUACAGAUUUACCUCAUGGUUUAUACCCAACAGUUGGUCUGCAGACACCUGGAGAGGUGGUGGAAGCCAACUUCGGAAACUCACCUUUUGUCUAUGAUAUUGAUGAUUAUAUGAAGGAAUGGAAAAUGAAAACUCGAUUGACCAUCGAGAGAUUUCCAGUCAAUGAUAAGAAGGGAGAAUGGCAGACAGCAUUACAGAGUAUUGUCUCCACCUACCUGGUACACCAUGGCUACUGUGCCACUGCUGAAGCAUUUGCAAAAUCUACUGGCCAAAAAAUAGAUGAGGAAAUUGCAUCCAUCAAAAACAGACAAAGAAUAUCAAAGUUAGUGUUAGCAGGCCGUAUGGGAGAAGCCAUAGAGACUACACAACAGUUAUAUCCUGGUUUGCUGGAACGCAACUCUAACUUAUUAUUCAUGCUGAAAUGCAGACAGUUUAUCGAAAUGGUGAACGGAUCAGACAGUGAAGUACGUGGGGCAGCAUUAAGGAGUCCUAGAUCUCAGCACGGGGGCAGUAAUCGCUCCAGUCCGUCACGUAGCCCCAUACAUCACACACACUCCCCCAGGGUAAAUCCCUUGGCAGGGGGAACUAACUCAGGGAAUAGUAGUCCAAACAGAACAAAAACUCUGAAAUCACACUCAAAUUUUCAGACUCCCCCUCAGACUUCAAACUCCAGCCCCGCCCUAAACCCCGCCCAUACCAACAGUGUAACCAAUAGCAACAGUACAAAUAACCAGUCAGACUUGAAAACUAUAUCGGAGGAAAAUAUGAAUGUAGUCAACACAGCCAAUUCAAAUUCAAACAGUGUUACUAUAAAUGGAGCAGAGACUCGUUAUAUUGAGGAUGUUGAAAUGUUGGAUGGUAUAGCGGAAGAUGAAAAUAGUGUUGUGACUAAUGGAAAUAGUGCAAACGGACAAUACAUGAAUGGAAACAGCUGUCCACAGGAUAAACAUGAUGACAUGGAAAUUGACCCUCCGUCUCAGAAACGCCAACUGUGUGGAGGUAGUCAGUUAGCCAUAGAGAAAAUGUUGCAGUUUGGUCGAGAAUUACAGUCGAUGAGUAUACGACUGAGAAAAGAGUUUGGUAAAUGCGAAGGAAAUAAAAAACAAUUACAGGAUGCAUUUAGUUUAUUAGCCUACUCGGACCCAUGGACCAGUCCAGUCGGUGCUCAGUUAGACCCAGUACAAAGGGAACCAGUAUGUGCGGCCUUAAAUAGUGCCAUUCUAGAAUCCCAUGCUCUGCCAAACAAGCCACCGCUAGAACUUGUGAUAUCACAGACAACAGAAUGUAUGAAACUGAUGUCUAAGGCCGGCAUUGCCUCAAGUGCCUUCUCAAGUACACAAGACUAUCUCCAUUGACAACACACUGUUUUAUUGCAACACCUUUUUCCGUAGCAUCUCAUUGAAUACAUGUUAGAGUUUGAAUAUCUUACAGUAUCCAUUGACAACAGACAAUUUUAUUUCACCUUUUCCGUGGCAUCUUGUGAAAUAUAGUACAAAUAAAUUAGGAUAUUUUGGCAGGAAUGUUGAGAGUUGUAACUUGCUUAAAAGGAUAAUUGAGGUUGAGGACCAGUCUAAAGACGCAGCAAUGUCAUUGGUUUAUUUCAAGACCUCUCUCAGCGGCAGCCAGUCAGAUGCUAGAGUUUUGAGACUGGUCUUCAGACUCGAGCUUUAUGAUCUUGGACCUUCUUGUAAUGUUUUGAAUGCAAGGCUGGAGUAUAUGUGGGCUAGGUAUAAUAGCUUUACGCCGGUGGCAUGUUGUUAUGAAGAUUGUAAUUAAAGUAGUGUUGUUUCUGAUUUUAUAUAGCAUAUGCUGGUAUAACAUAACUCUUGUUUUACAUAAAGACUGAUAUAAAAGAGAGAAUGUUUUGUAACUUCAGAUGAAGCAUUUUGAUAGAACUUUCAAGUGUUGUAUUAACUGUAGAACUACCACAGUGUAAAUGCUAAAUUGAUUUUGCAAAGCUGUUUAAUUUUUUAAUGCAGACCUAUUUACAUUUCUGACACUAAAUGAAACAUGGGUGACAUGUGUAAUAUCCUAAACACACAAUAGAAGGUUAGGGGUUUAUGAGUUUGGUUAGUUCUGAUAAUGGUUUGACUGUUGUCAAGUUGUAAAAAGUCUUCUUUCUGGUAUCUUUCUUUCCUCUACACCUAGAGAAGUUAACUGUUUGGUUAUUACAGAAGACUAGUGAUAUAGGUUAAUGCUGGGCCACUUAACCACUGUUGUUGAGAAUAGCAUCAAAUUGAAAAACUUGAUACACACCCAUAAUUACCAUGAAGUUUGGUAACUUCUUAUGGUCCUGCAUUAUUUAGUCCAUAAUUUAAUCCAUUGAGCACAUGACUUUCUGAUUCAUCUGCAGAAUGCCAAAACGAUAAACAGAAUAUGCAGUCAAACAGUAAUUUCCAUUUGUCACGACAGGUCAGCUAUGCGAACACUUGAAAUUAAUAUGUUAAAUUGUCUAGUUUGUAUUUGCUGGAGUGUGUGUGUUGGAAUCAGUAAUUUCAGUAAACAUUACUGCUGCUGUUAACAACACCACCGAAGAGCAAACACAUCUGUGUAAAGAGAAAAGUAUUUUCCAAUUAGGUUAAAUUUUUGUAAAUCCUUCAAAAUCUUCAACCCUUGUACAAAAAUUUUAGUCACCCCAGUCGUGAAUUAGGUUACACCGUAUUCUCAUUUUAUCAUCUGUGUACAUGUAACAUAAAUAGAACAUGGUACCAUAUAUACUCUGGAAACAUCACAAUACUGGUAUUGUCAUGACCAGUUUCUGUCGGGAGGAGGUUGCUGCCAUAAUUUUCAAAUUAAAACUGAACAUUCCAAAAAAUAUUCAUUAGCUUUUCCCAAGGUUCUUUGAGGUAAAUAGAAUAAAUUAUUCACAUUUAAACUGAAAUCGACAAAAUUUUACAGUAUUUAUUUCUAUGCUUGUUCCUAUUUUAUUCAAAACAACAAUAAAGAUUAGGUAAAGAUUACUGUGUGAAACUGGUAUGAGCGUUGUUGUACCCCCCGACAACAAAGUUGUAAGGGGGGGUAUACUGGUUUCAGGUUGUCUGUCUGUCUGUCCGUCCGUCUGUCUGUCUGUCCGUCUGGUCGUCUGUCCGUAGACGCAAUCUUGUGCGCACCAUCUCUCCUUAUCCCCUUGACAGAAUUUAAUGAAACUUCACACAAGUGAUCAGUACCAACAGUAGUUGUGCAUGGGGCAUGUUAGGUUCUUUUAGAAAAAAAAUUGGCAGAGUUAUGGGACUUUGUUUUUUUGUUACUAUACUAUAUACAUAGACACAAUCUUGUGCGCACCAUCUCUCCUCAUCCCCUUGACACAAUUUAAUGAAACUUCACACAAGUGAUCAGUACCAACAGUAGUUGUGCAUGGGGCAUGUUAGGUUCUUUUAGAAAAAAAAUUGGCAGAGUUAUGGGACUUUGUUUUUUUGUUACUAUACUAUAUACAUAGACACAAUCUUGUGUGCACCAUCUCUCCUCAUCCCCUUGACACAAUUUAAUGAAACUUCACACAAGUGAUCACUAACAACAGUAGUUGUGCAUGGGGCAUGUUAGGUUCUUUCAGAGUUAUGGGACUUUGUUUUUUUGUUACUAUACUGUAUAAAUAGACACAAUCUUGUACGCACCAUCUCUCCUCAUCCACUUGACACAAUUUAAUAAAACUUCACACAAGUGAUCAGUAACAACAGUAGUUGUGCAUGGGGCAAAUUAGGUUCUUUCAGCGACAAAAAUUGCAGAGUUAUGGGACUUUGUUUCUUGUUAACAUACUAUGUACAUACAGUCUGCAUAUGCAAUCUUGUGCGUGCCUGAUCUACCGAACCCUUACACACAAUUUAAUGAAACUUCACACAAGUGAUCAGUACCAACCCUAGUUGUGCAUGGUGCAUGUUACAUUCUUUUAGAUAAAUAUUCUGCAUAGUUAUGGGACUUUGUUUUUUGUUACUAUACUGUAUACAUACAGUCUAUAUACAUACAGUCCACAUAAUUAUGCAAUCUUGUGUGCGUCAAAUUGCAAUGUACUGUGUCAGUGCAUGCGGGGGGUACAUUCAUCACCUUUAGUGAUAGCUCUAGUUUCAAAGUAGUUUGGGUUAGUUUUGGUAAAGAGAAAAUUUGAUUUUCGAUACAUUACUGUUCAAUAAAUGCGAAAGGUUUUUAGUGGUCUAUGGUGGGGUAGGAAAAGUGGGGUUGCUCUUUUGCAAAAAUAUGAAUGUAUUUCAAAAACAUGGGUUUGAAUCAAGGAAAAUAUGACAAGAGUAUUCUAGGUUAUGAUUAUAAUGUUAGUAUUUAUUAGUACCAUUGUCUUUCUUAGGAACUACACCUGGUUGACCAACCCUGCCUGUCAAAAAUUAUGCCUUGAACUGAAAAAAGAAGGAAAGGCCGGUUCUUCCCCUUUUGUGCUUUUUUUUUUUUUGUUAUGUUUAUUCCUUCUUUCUGGUUGUACUGAUACUAGUAAAGACUUACUUUAAGUAAUCCAAUACUGUUUAUCCUUAAAUCUAUUUGAUUUCAAGAUUCAAACAUGUUUGUUUUAUUAUACAUAAUUUUUAGCUUUUAGCUCAUCUGAGCACAAAUUGCUCAUUGUGAGCUGUUGUGGUCACUUAUUGUUCGUAUGGCAUUAGGCCAUCUAUAUACUAUUUUUUUUUACCGACAUCUCCUUUGGGUAUUGUUGGACAUUGCUGAAACUUGGCAUUGUGUUUCUUGGAUGGUUGUCUACCAAAGUUGUUCAAAGAAAUCCAUUCCAUAUAGAACUUUGGAAACGGAAAUAUUUUCAGAAUCCAUUUGCCAGAGUUCAAAAUAAUUUCACAGAAAUGUUCUUCGGGUGACACUCUUAUCAAGAUUUUUAAAAUUUAGUCCAAUUUAUCAAAAACAUGAUCACUUUGGGACAUGGUAAUUUCCCCCUGUAUGUAUUUAGAACUUUAAAGCUCUUCUUGUCAGAUACUGCUGCCCUGAUUUUGAAAAAAAAUCACUAAAAUCUUACUGAAGUGACCUGCAAAGAUAAUUGGAGUUAAUCCAAUUCAUUAAAAACCAUGGCUGCUUGAGGUCUUUGUCACUUUGUUAUAUAUCAUGGAAACUUAAAAAAAAAAAGACUUCCUGCCUUGUCGGCUUGUCUGAUUUUAAAACAAUUUCACGCAAAUGUCCCUUGAUUGACGCUGUACCAGGAUUGUUCAGAUAGUUCCAAUUGUCAAAAAUCAUGGCCUCUAUGGUUAAAAAUAAUUUUUUAUGUUGAACAUCUCCUAAGCCACUGGCUUGAUUUUGAAAUAAUUUAACACAAAUGUGUCUUGUGUGACCUACUACGAAGUUCAGAUGUUCAGAUUAUUUCAGGUCAUAAAAACAUGGCUGCCAGUGGAAAUCAUCGUGUCAGAAAGGACUUAAACAAUUUUAAAAAAAUCACUUUUCUUGGAUGAAUAUUUAUUAAAGAUUGUUCAAAUUUGUCCAGUUUAUCAGAAAAAAAUAUGGCCACCAAAGCUAAAACAAGAAAAAUUUUCAAAUGCAAUCUAAACCUCUGGUUGGAUUUUGAAAUAGUUUCGCAAAAGUGUUCAUUGCAUGGUAAUACACACAGAUUGUUAAAGCCAUUUUGAUUUGUCAUAAAAAAAGCAUGGCUGCUGGGUGUGGGGAUGUUAGUUUUCACUGUAUAACAAAAUGCCUCUGAAACGCAGGUGAGUCACCUAGGCCUAUCAUGGUCUUCUUGUUUAAUAGAUUGCAGUGGUGUAAUUUUGGGUAUGGUAAACUAUUAUCAUUGCAGGGGAGGUUAGGGAAAUGUCCUGUCAAUAUUUUAUGUAUUGUGAUGUUGAUAAAUGUAAAUAUGUAAUGUUAUAUCUCCUGUGUAAGAGUAUUCUACAUGCAUUAUAAACUAGGUUUGUAGUGUGGUAAUAGCUGAAGUUUCCUGUAACUUCCUUGUAAAUAUUUUCAUGUAAACAACAAAAGAGGCACGCCUCUAGAGUGAUGUCAUAUUAUUUGAUAUUUAGAAAUCGGGUAUUAUUUGACAGAAAAUUGUAAAUUAAGUAUGAAGACAGGUUUUUUAUCUGAUAUGUUAUUUUGACAUUGAUAUUGAGGUGAAUCCUCUCAAAGCUUGAUGAAAUGAUCUGAAUGCUGUAGCAAUUAACAAGUAAAACAACCCUAAAACAUUUGCAGUUCCUUCAUGAGAUUGAAUGCAGUUGCUUUUGAGUAAAAUAACUUGUCACAUUUCGGCAUAGUCUAAUGAUUAUAUAUGCAUAAAAAUAGAAUAGUUGAAAGUUCCUUUUGGAGUAAACUCUCCAACAGGACAGGCAGAGUAACCUGGUUACGACAACACAUCCACGUCCAGAUGAUUUGACAGAUGGCAUUGCAAUUAGUAUAAGAAAUUUUGUGAGUUUUACUCCCUUUGGUCACCAGUUGCAUAGCAUUUCCAGAAAUUUUAAUGUGAAGUCAUUACUUACUCUUUUGCUAUAAAAACAUUUUGUCAGCUGCAUUUUGUUAUAUGUAAGUGUUAUUUUUAUGAUUUGUUAUACCCUUACUAACGGGCAAGGCAUUCAGUAAGUAUUUUAUUUCAUGAAAUAAAUAUAGUUUUGAUUUCUCUCUCUCAGUGUUUUAAGUUCUGAACUUUUAACAACAAUCAAACUAUAGACCAUUCAUACCACAAAAUUUUUGGACUUACUAUAUAAGGUGUUGUAUAAUAAAUUCUGAUAUUGCAUGUUUUGGGUAGAUACAGGACUUUGUUAUUGAGAUCUAUCAAGUUGCAAAUGUAGGAUACAUGUAAUAAGAUGAAGUAUGGCAUAACUGGUUAAUAUUAACUUUCCAGAUGUUUCUGUAUAUUGCAUUGAUGUGUGUAUAUUUUCCAAUCGUGUAACUGUACAGUUCUUAUGGAUUAAAUAUGUUACGGUUAGUUUUAAAUUUGUGUGGUUGUCAAGAGUAUGAAGUAUUUUGGUGUGAAUGGCCACAAGGGAUGUUUGGGCAAUGUUGUUGUAUAAUUUUACCACACUUUACUUAUUUAUGAAAUUUUAUGAAAAAAAGAUAAUUUCUGUCAUAGAACAAUAAAAGGAAAUCUGAAAA